AAAUCAAAUCUUUUGAAUAUAAAAACGAAGAAAAAUGCUCGUGUUUUCCCAUCCUCUAAGCAAAGAAACAACCCAUACAUUGUACGAACCGCUCUCUCCAUUGUUCCUCCAGCUUGAUUUCGAUAAAAAUGGUGGAAGAAACUAACAAACCCGAAUUUCAAUCCUCCUCAUCAACCACCGUAGUCAAACGAAAAUCCUCAUGGCCGUCCGUUCUCCGUUGGAUUCCGACAUCUACCGAUCACAUCAUCGCCGCCGAGAAACGCCUUCUCUCCCUCGUCAAGACUCCAUAUGUCCAAGAACAAGUGAAUAUAGGUUCAGGUCCCCCUGAUUCUAAAGUUAGAUGGUUUCGUUCUUCGAGCAAUGAGCCGAGGUUCAUCAAUACUGUUACCUUUGAUAGCAAGGAAAGUUCCCCCACACUUGUUUUGAUACACGGAUAUGCUGCUUCUCAGGGUUUCUUUUUUAAGAAUUUCGAUUAUCUCGCCAAUAAUUUCCAGGUCGUUGCCAUCGAUCAGCUUGGUUGGGGCGGAUCUAGCAGGCCUGACUUUACAUGCAAAAGCACUGAAGAGACUGAGGCAUGGUUUGUUGAUUCCUUUGAGGAAUGGCGUAAAGCAAAAAAUCUCAGUAACCUUAUAUUACUUGGACAUUCUUUUGGAGGAUAUGUUGCUUCUAAAUAUGCUCUCAAGCAUCCCGAACAUGUUCAACACUUAAUUUUAGUUGGCCCUGCUGGAUUUUCAACAGCAGAAUCAGAUAGCAAAGCCGAGUUGGUAACCCGGUUCAGAGCAACGUGGAAAGGGGCAAUUUUGAAUCAUUUGUGGGAGUCUAACUUUACUCCUCAGAAGCUCAUAAGGGGUUUAGGUCCUUGGGGUCCAAAUCUUGUACGCAAGUAUACGGCCGCUAGGUUUAGUCCUAAAUAUGCAGCUGAGGGUGUACUGACAGAGGAGCAGGAUAGACUUCUAUCAGAUUAUAUGUACCAUACUUCAGCUGCCAAAGCAAGUGGAGAGCUGUGCUUAAAAUAUAUAUUUGCUUUUGGAGCAUUUGCUCGAAUGCCCCUUUUAAACAGGUUUGGUUUCCCUGUAAAAGUGUUUAUUUACUUAUUGAUUGGGUUCAUUGCAGUGGCUAAUACCUGCAAAUUUAUAUUCAUCAAGAUUCUGUUUAGACUUUUGGGAAUCUUAUUUGUACAAUAUCUCGCAUUUGAAUUGAAAACAUUUCUUAGAAUGCAAGUAUGUUCUGAUUUGAAAACAUUGAUUCCGUACAAGGGAAGAAAGAGUAAUGCCCUAGUAAUGAUCAUAAAGCUUCACUCCGGUCUCAAGUGCCAACAAGAAGAGGAUUAGGGGAGCCUAAAAGAUUUUGACUUGAUUGAUAUGAUAGGUUAAUGCAAAAGUGCAUAACAUCUAAUCAAAACUAUAGCACACAUUCAAGAUUUUUUAAGCUGGCUG